AUGAGUAGCUCUUCUAACGCUCCCACUGAAGAAAAUACAAAUAUGUCGUCAUCGGCAAACAUUACCCCACAAAUCCACUAUGAACUUUUACCUCAGAGUGCUCUAUUACCAGAAGAGAAUCUCUCACUUCCAGAUACAAUUAGACUUUUAACUGAAGAAGGAACUAAAGCUUUUAAAUUGAAGGAUUACGAAACGGCAGUGCUUAAAUACGAAGAAGCUUCUCAACUUGCCGAACUGCACUAUGGUAAUUCGGAAGAAUUUGCCGAUGCUCUUUUUAAUUACGGAAAAGCGUUAAUUGAAAAUUCAAUAUUUCAAACCUCUGUACUCGGGGACAAUUCAUUAGAAAAACGAAUUGCGUUAGAAAUUCAAGAAGAUGAGCUUCAGCAUAAUAAUUCUCAUAUUUAUUUCGAAGGAGAACCUAGUUUUGAAGAUGAAAUGGUAGAAGAGCUAACUGAAGAGAGUUUAGAGAAAGAAAUUAACAAUAAUGAUGGUGAAAGUCAUGCCGAAACAACAAAUGAAUCACAAACAGAUCAAGAUAGUGAUUUAAAUGUGGCAAAUGAUGUUUUGAUUAUUGCUCGAGAUAUCUAUUUGGAUGUUGGCACUGAGAGAUCAAAAGCGAGCCUUGGAGAAGUAUUCAUGAAAUUGGGAGAUAUUUCCCUUGAACAAGAAAACUUCGAUCAAGCAGUAGUUGACUAUAGAGAAGCAGUAAAAGUAAAAUCAGAAAGAUUAUCAGAUGAUAAUAUGGAAUUAACAGAAGCAUAUCCUUUUACCUCAAGAUUUCAUUACACCGAUAAAAGCCAAAUUGACCAAGCUAUCGAACAUGUUGAACGAGCUAUGGAAGUCUUAAACAAAUGUAAAAAGAAUUUGUUAGAAAAAUUAGCAUCAGUUCAAGAAACUUAUGGUAAAGGGAAGCAAGUGGCUAAAAGUGAUGAUAACACAGAAGACAUUGAGAAAAAAUUGAAUGAAAUUGAUCAAUUUCUUAUAGAAAUGGAAGCCAAGAUCGAAGAGUUAAAUACUGCAAAAAUCAAUCGUGACAAAGAAGUACCGACACCUAGCGAAAUAGCACUUGCUGAAUAUGUUAAAAUGUUAACCCCUUCAGCUGAAUCUGGUAGUACUACAAACGCCGGAUCUUCAUCAAUAACAUCUAAUGUACCCAUAAAUGAUAUAACAUCUUUAAUCAAAAGAAAAGUUGUUGAAGAUAUAAAGAGCAUCGAUGAAAAUUUAACAAAUACUACUACAAAUGAAAAUAGUGUAACAAACACAAUGAUGGAUGAAGGAGAAGAAAAGAAGCGUAAGGUAGAAAAUUUAAUUGAUGAGACAACUAGUGAAGGGAGUGGGGAAGGAAGAUCUGGAGAAAAUGAUGAAUCUAGUCCAAAUAAGAAAGUAAGAUUGUCAGGAUGA